AUGGGUGUGGGCGCCAGCGCUCCUCCUCCUCUUCCGACAGGGAGGCAGGCGGAGGGAGUGCGCGUGCGCGUGGCGGUGAAGGAGAGGUACUUGGCCUACCUCCCCAAGUACAUCAACCUUGACGCCGCGCUGACGGAGGAGAAGGUCAGGCUCGUUGCAAAUCACUGGAACUUGAUUGCGGAAGAGGGCUAGACUCACCCUCAAGGGACCGAUACCUUCUUGCUGCGGCGCACCCGCCGCGAGGCGUGCGUAGUGGUGGAGUUGGGUCGGCACUGGUGCGUCAGGUGUUGGGUAUGUGUGAUGACGUCACCGGUUUUGUAGAGAGACGCGGCAGAGAUGGCGCGGAUAACCCGGGUGCCUUAAUUGUGUACCUGCGUCGUGGAAGACCCCUUCAAUGUGGAACGAUUCCUAGUCAAUGUCGAUGUUCACACUGCUGUGCCUAACACAGAUGAUCUGGAUAGAUUCGGGUGAUUGUAAGUUGCAAUGAUGGCUUUGGUUGGGUGUUCUUCUUCAUUGUAUGUCCACGGACUCAUUCUGACAGCACUUCAGACAGCAGCUGCACGCCCCGAGUUUGUGUUCCAUGCACCAUGGUGGUAUUUGUGUACAGACAGCACUUCAGACAGCAGUACGCUGUAGUCGACAAACAUUCAUUUUGGUUAAAUGCGGGACACGGGGGGUGAUGCUGCUGCUGUAGUCGAAUUGUAGUGUGUGGGCGUGUAGUUCAGUUGUGAGCACGCAAACGUGCUGCAGGGAUUGCAGGUGUACCUCCUCGGGCUUGUGUACCCUUUUCUUGCUAAUAGUGUGUGUGUUCUUUAUAUCUUCUGAUGGCUCUAGCAUUUUUGUGACCACGGACCGAGUCUUUGCUAGAUUUUGGGAUUAGCAACUGACACGAGUUUAAUGUGAACAAAAACAACA